GCGCAUGCGCGGCUCUGGGAGCGCACAGCGCGGAGAUCGGCGGUACGCCGUGUCCCUUGCACACAGCGGAUCACCGAUCCACGGAAAGAGCCGCAGUUGUCGGCUCGGUCAUGUGAUCAUCUGUGUCCAGUCGCAGCUGAUCGCAUCCCCAGCAGUGCCACCUGUCAGUGUCCAUCAGUGCCAGCUCUCAGUGCUCAUCCAUUCCACCUGCCAGCGCCCAUCAGUGCCACAUUUCAGUGCCUACCAGUGCACAUCAAUGCCACAUAUCAGUGCCCAUCUGAGCUGCUUUUCAGUGUCACCCAUCAGUGCCAGUCAGUGCCACCUAUCAAUGCCAAUCAGUGCCACCUAUCAGUGCCAGUCAGUGCCGCCUAUCAGUGUGCAUCAGUGCCGCCUAUCAGUG